CCUGCCUGCGUCCUGUGAGCCUCUCUGUCCUGUGCGUGCCUUUCUCUCGUUCUCUCUCUCUCUCUCAUCCUGCUUGCGUCUUGUGAGCCUCUCUGCGCGUCUCUCUCUCUCUACACCACCCCUGCCAUCAUCACCACCACCGUCAGACAAAAUGGAGGAUGAAAAAGAUACAAACCGUAGCUUCUCUAAGAACCUGCGUACUGCAAAGACAGAGUCAGUCACCCUGUCCCUCUCUCUCUCCCUCGCGUAUACAUAUGCAUGAAGAACAAAAACAGCAGUUCUAUCCCAAGGAAGAUAUUCCAAUAUCUCUGUAGUAUCAAGAGGAUACGUUCAGAGAUCUAUCGCAUCAUACAUCGUCUAUCAAUUCAUUCGCUCAUUCUUCAUCACCAAAGAGCCGGAGAAGUACAAACAGAAAGAACAACGUAGAGACAGCAGGCACCAAGAAGGAGAAGAAGAUGGCGGGGAACGAAUGGAUAAACGGGUACCUGGAGGCCAUCCUGGACAGCGGGGCGGCGUCCAUAGCGGAGGACAGCCGGCCGAUGCUGGUGAACGUGAGGGAGCGCGGCCACUUCAAUCCGACCAAGUACUUCGUGGAGGAGGUGGUGACGGGCGUCGACGAGAGCGACCUCCACCGGACGUGGAUCAAGGUGGUCGCCACUCGCAACACCCGCGAGCGCAGCAGCCGCCUGGAGAACAUGUGCUGGCGCAUCUGGCACCUCGCCAGGAAGAAGAAGCAGUUGGAAUGGGAAGAUUUUCAAAGGCUAGCAAGCCGCAGACUAGAACGAGAGCAAGGAAGGAGGGAUGCAACAGAGGAUAUGUCAGAAGAUUUAUCUGAAGGGGAAAGGGGUGAUAAUCCAGGGGAAACAUUCGUGCUAAGUGAGACUCCAAGGCAUAAAUUUCAGAGGAACUUUUCAGAUCUUCAGGUUUGGUCUGAUGACAACAAGGAAAAGAAACUUUACAUUGUGCUUAUCAGUUUGCAUGGUCUAGUUCGUGGAGAAAACAUGGAGCUGGGUCGAGAUUCUGAUACUGGCGGUCAGGUGAAAUAUGUGGUAGAGCUUUCCAGGGCACUCUCUAUGAUGCCUGGAGUAUACAGGGUGGACCUCUUUACCCGUCAAGUAUCAUCACCAGAUGUUGACUGGAGUUAUGGGGAGCCGACAGAGAUGUUAGCUCCAGGAUCAUAUGAUUCAGAUGGAAAUGAUGCAGGAGAGAGUAGUGGUGCAUACAUUAUACGUAUACCCUUUGGUCCUAGAGAUAAGUAUCUUCGCAAAGAGUUAUUGUGGCCUUAUAUCCAAGAGUUUGUUGAUGGAGCUUUAGCUCACAUCCUUAACAUGUCCAAAGUGUUGGCAGAGCAGAUUGGCAAGGGGCAGCCGGUAUGGCCAUAUGUCAUUCAUGGCCACUAUGCAGACGCGGGUGAUAGUGCUGCACUUCUUUCUGGUGCCUUGAAUGUUCCUAUGGUUCUUACGGGCCAUUCUCUUGGUCGGAAUAAGCUAGAACAACUUCUUAAGCAGGGUCGUCAAUCAAAGGAGGACAUAAAUGCAACUUACAAGAUAAUGCGGCGCAUAGAGGCUGAAGAACUCUCUCUUGAUGCUGCAGAACUUGUCAUUACAAGUACUAAGCAGGAAAUUGAAGAACAAUGGGGCCUAUAUGAUGGUUUUGAUGUCAAACUUGAGAAGGUGUUAAGAGCUCGCGGUAGGAGAGGAGUAAACUGCCACGGCCGUUACAUGCCAAGAAUGGCGGUUAUACCUCCUGGUAUGGACUUCAGCAACGUGGUUCAAGAGCAGGAUCCCAAUGAAGCUGAUGGUGAACUUGCAGCAUUGAUCACAGAGGGUGCUUCUCCUAAGUCUGUUCCACUUAUAUGGACUGAUGUGAUGCGUUUUCUUACAAAUCCACAUAAGCCAAUGAUAUUGGCGUUGUCUAGGCCAGAUCCGAAGAAGAACAUAACUACACUCUUGAAAGCCUUUGGUGAGUGUCGUCCUUUAAGAGAACUUGCAAAUUUGACAUUGAUUAUGGGAAACAGGGACGACAUCGAUGAAAUGACUGGAGGUAACGCUAGUGUACUCACUACAGUUCUGAAGAUGAUAGAUAAGUAUGAUCUGUAUGGCCAGGUUGCAUACCCAAAGCAUCAUAAACAGUCUGAUGUACCAGAGAUCUAUAGGCUAGCAGCAAAGGCUAAGGGAGUAUUCAUAAAUCCAGCUCUGGUGGAGCCAUUUGGUCUUACUCUAAUUGAGGCAGCCGCACAUGGCUUGCCAAUGGUAGCGACAAAGAAUGGGGGUCCAGUUGACAUCCACCGGGCAUUGAACAAUGGAUUGCUGGUGGAUCCUCACGAUGAUAAAGCUAUUGCGGAUGCCUUGCUGAAAUUGGUUGCAGAUAAAAAUCUCUGGUCAGAAUGCAGAAAGAAUGGAUGGAAGAACAUCCAUUUGUUUUCAUGGCCAGAGCAUUGCCGAACUUACCUUACAAGGGUGGCAAGCUGCAGGAUGAGGCACCCCCAUUGGCAAUUGGAUACACCACUGGAUGAUACAAUAGCAGAAGAUUCAUUGGGUGAUUCGUUGAAGGAUGUGCAGGACAUGUCCCUCAGGCUUUCAGUUGAUGGUGAGAGAUCAUCUGUCAAUGGUUCAGCUGAAUAUGAUCCUGAGGAACUUGAGAAGGUGGCAGCAGAAGCAGAUCCUGGGGUACAAGACCAGGUGAAGCGAAUUAUGAACAAAUUAAAGAAAGCAUCAACUGACGUGCAACAGACAGAUGUGAGCAAGAAACAGAAUGAGAAUUCACUAAAUAAGUAUCCAGCAUUAAGAAGAAGGAAGAGGCUUUUUGUGAUAGCAUUGGACAGUUAUAAUGAAGAAGGAAAGCCAAUUACGAAGAUGCUGAAGGCGAUCCAGGAAACGUUCAAGGCUGUUAAGUCAGACACAUUGGCAUCAAGAGUUUCUGGAUUUGCACUGUCAACAGCAAUGCCUCUCUCAGAGACGUUGCAGUUGUUGGCAUCAGGAAAAAUUCAAGCCACAGAAUUUGAUGCUCUGAUAUGCAGCAGUGGGAGUGAGGUCUAUUACCCAGGCACACACCAAUGUAUGGAAAAUGGGAAGCUCUGCCCAGACCGUGACUAUGCUUCACACAUUGACUACAGAUGGGGAUAUGAUGGACUGAGAAAGACUAUCACAAAAUUGAUGAAUUCUUCAGAGAUGAGGAAUGGGAAGUCUUCUAAUUCUUCAAGUGUUAUUGAGGAAGAUGAGACAGCGUGCAAUGCUCACUGUAUUUCAUAUUUAGUAAAGGAUCCUAAAAAGGCAAAGAAUAUAGAUGAACUGAGGCAGAAGCUUCGCAUGAGGGGACUGCGGUGCCAUCUAAUGUAUUGCAGGAACUCUACGCGGUUACAAGUCAUUCCUCUGCUUGCAUCUAGAUCACAGGCACUCAGGUACCUCUUUGUUCGGUGGGGUCUAAAUGUUGCAAAUAUGUAUGUGCUCCUUGGAGAGCGUGGAGACACCGACUACGAGGAGCUUCUGUCUGGCUCCCACAAGACCAUGCUCCUCAAGGGCGUGGUAGAAAAUGGGUCAGAGGAGCUCCUGAGGACAAAUGGUUCCUACCACAGAGAGGACACUGUGCCACCAGAGAGCCCCCUCCUCAUUCGCACCUCUGAAGGAGCCUCAGCUGAUGAGAUCGCCGCAUGCCUGAAGCAGCUGUACAAGGCCACGGUUGGCAUGUGAACGAAGAGAGGAAUUUCUCCAAGCAGCAAUAAAACUGCAAACAGACCUCUGUUUCUCUCAUAUAUGCAUCAAAGCUAUGUAAAAUUUUUGAACUGUUGGUGGGUGGACAAUACAGCAGGAGCUGAUGGUAUUGGUGUUCAUUUUAUGUUGGUUAUUAUUUUAUUUCUUUUAUAUUGGUGAUGGUGAUACCAUGACAGGAACUGUUUAUCAUUGUCUCUGAUCGAUGGAUGCUGAAGAUGCAAAAACUGACAGUUCCAUUUCAUAAUAAGAAUACUGUUACUUAA